UGUAUCGCUUCGCUGUCGUCUUUUGUUGUGGACGUGGCGGAGCGGAGGGGUGUAUGUUGCGCUUUGCCAUUGUCUUUUGUUGUGGAUGUGGCGGAGUGGAGGCAUGGUCAAGACUCAAGGGACAGGUGAACGGGCUGGCCAGUCCAGCAGAUUGGCGUGUGGGGUGUGGAAGGAUACUUGUGACGCUGGAGUGGAUUGGAGGGCGUGUUGUGCAUCUGUGCCGCUACUAUUCGGGUUUGCUGGAAGCGGUAGAUGGUUGGAUACGUGAUGGGGUGUUUAUGCUGUGGGGACGCUGUGUAUAUUUACCUUGUUUGGGAUCUUCUCUCCGGGACAUCUGUGUCGUCAAUACUGUGAGUCAUUAUUACUGACAGGUACUGGUUGGUUCAUUAUUAUUGGUUGUUAUCAGUACAUACUUGUAUUAUUAUUUGUAAAUCCUGCUUUAUCCAGCUACCUGUGAUAGUAUUGUUGGUCUAUUAGCAGUCAUUAACUGCUACUUCCUCUGAUUCUUUAUAUUGAAUGUGAUGUGAAUUAAGUGAUAAUUGAAUGUGAUAUUCUAAGAUUACUUUGAGGUAACAUCCUACACAUGGAUUAUUAAGGUUGUGAGCAAGGCUUGUUUUGGGAAUUCGUGGU